AUGGAAAAUCACUUCACAACAAAGAGGAACACAUUCCUCACACUGACAGCUACAGACAACCAAACAUUUGUGUGCACUAUCUGCGAAACCAAAAGAGUGUUAGGGUCCUUGCAAGGCCUCAGAAGACAUUAUACAAAAAAACAUCCAAACGAAACGGGGGAGUAUGAGAAACUUCUAAAAAGAAGACCUGCUAUGUUUGAUGGUCUUUCUUCUUCUGCAAGCACUGCCACUGCCACUACCACUGCCACUGCCACUACCACUGCCACUGCCACUACCAACCUGAACAGUAAUAAUGGACCUGCCCCAAUGGAAUUUAUUAUUGAAAACCCUCAGGACACAUAUGGCCAUGAAAUCUCUGACAAAAACGAAUUUAGUGAUGAUCACAUUCUAUUUGAUUCAUCAGAUGACUAUGAUGAGACCACUGACGACAAAGACAUGGACACCAGAGUAGAAUAUGAUAGCCAGGAUCAUAUCGCUAGAGUGGCAGCAGAAAUGAGAACCUUCCAAUCUCUUUCUCAUGCCAUGAAUUCCUACUCGAACGAAGACAGCAGCAGACAGCACUGGGGAAUUAGAUUUCUACACAUAUGCGAUAGUAUGGGAAAUUCUGAGUGA